GAGAAGAAGAAGAGGGUUUGAAAAGGAGAACUACGGAGGGACCUUGAGCCAUGGAGGCGAGGAAGCAUCGUUUUAGGAAAGGGAGGAGUGCCACCUUCAGUAUAGACGGGUUCAACAUCACUAUAGUGGCAAAUGAAGAUGCAGACACCAGCAGACCAACAGCCAGUUUUUCACGCUCCAAGUCCCAGAGUGCGUUGUGGAAUGCCAUCACGGCGGGAAUGGGCAUCAAAGGCAAAGAGCAGACACCGCUCCUGAACGACCCCCGCAGCCCCGAGGAGAUCCUGGCAGAUGAGUUCCCGGGCACAGAAGAGCCAGACGCCACAGAGAAAACAGCCAUCAGAUUGAGAUGUCUGGUGAAGCAGCUGGAGAGAGGAGAGGCCUCACUCACGGACCUGAAGAAGAACCUAGAGUAUGCUGCCACUGUACUGGAGUCAGUCUACAUCGAGGAAACAAGGCGUUUGGUGGACACAGAGGAUGAGCUCAGUGAUAUCCAGUCAGAGUCAGUCCCUUCGGAGGUGCGGGACUGGCUUGCUUCCACCUUCACACGACAGAUGGGGCUGAUGCUGAGAAGAAAUGAGGAAAAACCCAGAUUCCGAAGCAUCGUCCACGCUGUACAGGCCGGCAUCUUCGUGGAGAGAAUGUACAGACGGACCUCCAACAUGGUGGGCCUUAGCUACCCCCCAACCGUGAUAUCUGUGCUAAAGAAUGUCGACAAAUGGUCAUUUGACGUGUUUGCCCUAAAUGAAGCCAGCGGGGAGCACGCACUCAAAUUUAUAUUCUACGAACUGCUCACAAGAUAUGAUCUCAUCAGCCGCUUCAAGAUCCCAAUCUCUGCAGUAGUGUCCUUCGUUGAGGCAUUGGAGGUCGGCUACAGUAAACACAAAAACCCAUACCACAACCUGAUGCACGCGGCCGAUGUAACGCAGACUGUGCACUACCUGCUGCUCAAGACGGGCAUGGUGCACUGGUUGACCGAACUGGAGAUUUUCGCCAUGAUUUUCGCGGCGGCUGUGCACGAUUACGAGCACACUGGGACCACUAACAACUUCCACAUCCAGACAAGGUCAGACACAGCCAUCUUGUACAAUGACCGCUCAGUGUUGGAGAGCCAUCACGUGAGUGCCGCCUAUCGCCUCCUACAGGACGACGAUGAGAUGAACAUCCUGUACAACCUCUCCAAGGACGACUGGAGAGAGCUGAGAGCCUUAGUGGUGGAGAUGGUGCUGGCUACAGACAUGUCCUGUCACUUCCAACAAGUCAAAGCCAUGAAGAACUUCCUGCAGCAGCCCGAAGGGAUCGACAAGCCCAAAGCUCUGUCCCUGCUCCUGCACACAGCGGACAUUAGUCACCCGGCCAAGAGCUGGGACCUGCACCACCGCUGGACCACCUCCCUGCUCGAGGAGUUCUUCAGACAGGGGGACAAAGAGGCAGAGCUGGGUUUGCCGUUUUCUCCAUUGUGUGAUAGAAAGUCAACCAUGGUGGCUCAGUCUCAGAUUGGUUUCAUUGACUUCAUUGUAGUGCCCACGUUCACUGUGCUGACGGACAUGAUGGAGCGCAUAGUGACUCCUCUGAUAGAAGAGGCCACACACACAGGGCUGGCCGGCUUCAGACGAUCAAGUCUGAACAGCAUUGGCUCAGAGGAAAGCAAGAGGAAGAGUUCGGGGUCUGACAGUGGUUCGUCCGGACACAGCUCUCUCUUGACCGUGGACAUGAAAAAUUUCAAGGCUUUGUGGAAUGAGGAAGUGUCUCAAAACAGGGAGCGGUGGAAGGCACAGGCUGCUAAAGAGGCCGAAGAGCGAGCUAAACGUGAGGCAGAGGAGCUCGCUCAGCAGGAGGAGGCUAUGGAUCCCCCACAGGGACAAACUGAAGCAGAGCCCGAUGCAAAACAGGAGCACAGCCAGCAGGGGGCGACUACAGAGGCUGCAGAGGUCACCGCUCCAGACGACAAUAAAGAGGAAGAGCCCGGGACCAGCCACCACCGGAGCCUACUGCUGCAGAAUGGAGAGCUGUCUGAAGGAGCUGAAUCUCCAGAAAGUGUCGAAAACAAGAACAAAGCCGUGGAUGAGGUAGCCAUGGAAUAAUAAGCUCCUAUGCGCCCGAAUGCUGUUUCUCUGAGUGCUGCUGCUGUUCAAACCUGCUUCACCCAGUCAGUCUACACUUCUGCUCACAACUAUGGAAACAUGCUUAUAAACUCACAACUGUUAUUACUACUUCUCUGGUCUCUGCCUCCCCCUUCUGGUCAAUUACAUACAUUACACUAUUACAUCUCCCUACACCUGCAUUCAGUCCAUUUAAUUUAUUUAAUAUAUAUUCUUACUGUAUGCAGCGCUAUAGAAACAUGUGCAUUAUUCUACUUCCUGAAGACUUGUUUGUAAAGUUAUGUCUUUCUUUACUUACAUUGUAGCCAUUGUACAGUUUCACAAUAGCUUUCUUAUAAUAUUUUAUUUAAAAACUGAAACACAGAAUGCAAAAGUAGAUGCACAUUUAUGCUUUUCACAACAUAAAAACAUUUUCACAACAAAACCUAUGCGUUAGUAUGCAGAAAACUCACCUCGAGUUCUUUCCUAGGCUUUGGUGUGGCCAUUUUAGAUGUUCGUCCCAUUGACUGUACUGUAUUUAACAUUUGUAAGUUGAGAAGGAGUCUAUCUAUGAUUAAUUUUGCAUAUAUUGUAAGAUAAUAGUUAAAAAGGGUUUCACAUAUCAUGUUAAAUUGUAAAAAAAAAAAAAAAAAGAAAAAGAAAAAAACUUUUAAAUCACAUUAUUUCUCUGCCUUCUUGACGCCUUCUUGUAUCUGUAGCAUUUUUAAAGCCAAUCGCUCUCUCCAAUGUCCUAGCCUGUAAUACUUCAUGUGUUUACAAUUAAUACAUUUCCCACAAUGCUUUGCUGUCAGUCAUCUUGAGUCUGAUCAAUGUCUGCUUCUUGAUUGUCCUCCUAAACGCCUUGUAAUGUUGUGUAUAGGAAAUGAAUAUAUUGCUUACUGUGCAUAAUGUAACAUAGUGUACCUUUGCAGCUUGAUGUGACAAAAAAAAAGAAAAAUUGGCAGUAUUUGCGAUAGACCCCAAAGUUGUUUUUUUUUCUGUUUUUAAAUUAAAACAUUUUAGUGCAUGUCAGUGUAAAUACUAUAUGGGUUGAUGACUGAACUAAUGUAUAUAGAAAUGCUAUGGAAACUUCUCUCAGCCUACUACAUGUUAAAAAUCCUAAACUUUGUAUAUUGGCGAGUAGUGCUGGGAUGUAGGAGUUCUGACACUAUGUACUGAACCAUGCUACUUUCUACCUAAAAGAAACCGCCAGCGCUGAGAGCUUCGGCUGGGCUGGCAGAAUGUGUGCCUAUCGCUUCACACGCUUUUCUUCUGAUUUUAGUGAUGUCAUUUGAGCUUAGAGAAAAAAACUUUGUGUUCAUGUGGUCCUGGUCAGAGGUGGAAGUAAAAAAGGAAAAGAGGAAAAAAUGUUUUCAAAUAUCAUUACACAAAAGGAUGUUAGUAUAAGCAUUUAUAAUGUUGAAUGUAAAAUUGACUUAAAGGUGCACUGCGUGUCUCCGUGGAGAAGGAAUUGCUUUGCUGGAGAUGUUCCACAGUAUGGUAUUAAACUAAUCCAUCUCCAGAUUCUUCUUUCAGACCAAGGUUUAGUUUGUUUUCAUACUGAUAGUUUCAGCUGCUCACGAGCGGUCUUCCUCAGAGUGGUGACGUGAUGUUGCUCAGCUGAUUUAUACAGGUUUAUGUCGUCUGACUACUUCAGGACAGUGUCUCAGGUGUGUGACCCUUGUUUCCGUAUUUCGUUUGCCUCCUUAAUUCAGCAACGAUGUUUGUUGUCCUCUGUCCCAGUUAUGUUUACUCCGUCCCAGUCCAUAAUGUGGUUCUCUCAGUCCAGUGAGGUUCACUUUGGCCAAGUUACAGGUCAGAUCUGUGGAAAGGUGUCGUAGAAUAAAUGUACUGUAUGUCUUUGAAGAUGUUUUUGACCAGUAAAAAUAUUUAAUGCCGUAUUGUGGAUCUCGAUGAAACAAGCAGGCAGUGGACACCAACAAAAAAGUUAUGCAGUGUGCCUCCAAAAUAUGUCACCAGAUUUCUACACCAAAAUAGUUUUCAAUUAAAAACUUCUGUAAUAGGCUGUAUUCACACUUACGUCACAAACCAGGAAGACGUUUGGAAAGAUGCGAUUACAACUUCCCAGGCCCAGUUUUCUUCAUCAAAAUGUCAUUGUAGCGUUCUGUUGUGUUCGGCUAAUCAACAGUUACAACCAUAACUCGGUUUUCAUCAUUUCCCCUCUGACACACAACUCCAAGCACACUGGGUACAUGCAAUUAGAAGAGAUUAAGUCAAGAUUCGAAACAGCACAUACGUAUGCAGUCUUCAUUUUACCGCUGAUCACAUUUACGUCAGUGGGUUUAAUCACAGUCGGUUUUAAUAGAUCCAUGUUAGGCGAGCUCAUUGUCGGUAACACUGGAAGUUGUAAUCACAUCUUUCCCAACAUCUUCCUAAUUUGUGACGUCUGAAUACUGUGAAUAGAGCCUAUUGUGCAAAUUGGCAACUUCACCUGUUCACUGUGACUCUUCCACUAAAACUACUAAUAAUAUUACUUUAUUACAGCAACUUCUACUUCAUCUGUUGCGUCUAAAAAGAUUUCUGUCACAAAAGUCAACAAUACACUUUUCUUUCUCCAAAAUGUACCUAAGCAAAAUAAUUCCACCUCUGAUCAAAAGACUAGGCCUUGGUUUGAGUUGGCAGUUUGACGUAAGGCUGUUAUUGACUUCUUUUUAUGUUUAAAUAUUGACCUUUUGUGCUGUAAAUUGUACAUUGUUUUGAAAUCACUUCCACCUUUUGUCCCUUGACGAUCUCUCCAUUUCUAUGUUAAAUAUGUCACCAGCUCUGAAGUCAUACAAAACAAGUGGCUUACCUGUAAAUUCAAAGCUAUUAUUGAACUAUAGCAGAUUAGAUUUAUAAUAGAGGAAAGUUUAUAUGACACAACCUGGAUUUAGCCUUCCUGACACUAUUUCCAAGGGACCAACACAAGUACAAUCUUGUAGUUUCACUUUCACUCGCUCCUGUGAUGGUCUUCUUUAGUGUAUGGGUUUGUACCAGCCAUUAUCCCACAUGUGUCACUGUGUUUUGUAAAAAAAAAAAAAGAAAAGAAAAAUUUUAAUCGACAUACGGUGUUUUGUGAUUAUAGAUUUAAUCCUCUGUCAUUUGCUUUUCGAUUAAUCUCCAAAUGUUUUAAACUUUGAUGGAUGUAAAGCGUGUGUGAACUGCCAGAAGAUACUUACAAUGUGCAUUUCUGAUCUCUUCACUGUGACCUGAUCUACUGCUGAGGUGAAUGGGAGUGAGAGAGAGUGGACAAGACUACACAACAAUGCAUUUAAAGGUGCAUUAUGUCACUUUUCUGGUGGGAUGGGGGGAGUUUAUCACCAUGGAGAUGUUAUUGUUUUGCCUGGAAUCUUCCACUUUAUGAUAUUAAAGGGGCCGCAUCAGUUUUUUUCACGUAAAAAACUAAAAUAACAUUUGCUCGGCCUCAGUACAGAUAUAUUGGUCAAAAUUGAGCGUUGUGUGCUGUCUGCAUCUAAUCAUGAAGCAUUUUUAUUCGGGGUGUAACGUUAUGCAAGUCUCACGAUACGAUAUCAUCACGGUAUGAGCCUCACGGUAUGAUAUUUAUUGUGGUAUUGUGGGAAAGCUCACAAUAUGGUGGGGAAGCUCACGAUUAGGGAUGUAACAAUAUCCAAAUCUCUUGAUAUUUUCACGAUAUUCAUCUCACGGCACGAUAUUUAUUAUGGAAUACGAUAUGCUACUCCUCUUAAAAUGCCUUGACAAGACUUACUCCAAAGAACUAAGACUUAAAAGUGCUUAGAACUGUUAUUUCUUGUAUUCUACAAUGAAAUGGAGCAAAGGAUCAUGGUCUAUGUAGUUCCCUGUCUUUUUUUUUUUUUUUUUUUUUCUCGUUAUUGUUACACCAUAACUCUUAAUUUAAGCAAAGAGACUUGUAAUUCGAUAUAUUGUGAUGGUCCACGAUAUUAUUGUGAGAACUUUGACAAUACAAUAUCACGAUAUUGACAAGAAGAAGACAAGAAGUAAAAAUGGUGCACUGUUAGCACGCUUGUUGUGAGCAUUACUCCUGUGACAGCAAAACUUCGCCCCGGCUUCUGAAAGUCGUAAAACAUGCUUCUAAACUCAUCACUGCGAACAAUUAAAAUGCUAGAAAUGUGUUAGGAAAGUGAGGAAUACGUUUGGACCACUGCAAACUCUUUAAAAGUAACUUGUUUUUGGAGUUUUGUUUUUUUUUUUUUUUCACUUUUAAGACAGUAAACUUAUCUAACAUGUAUUCAUUUUUAUUUUUAUUUUGUUAUUUAAUUGUAUUAUUAUAUUUAAAAAUACUUUGAAAUCAUGCAAAUCAUUCUUAUCUGGGUCACCUCUCAGAUUUGACAUGUGACUUGGUCUUGAGGUGUCACUUGCUUGUCUGCAUAGAUAAGCUUAAUGCCAUACUGUGGAACAUUCCAGGCAAAGCAAUAACAUCUCCAUGGAGACAAACAGGUGGCGGGUCCUCUUUCAGAAAAGUUACACAGUGCAUCUUUAACCUUUUUUUUUUUUUCAAACGAACAAACUUAAAUCAUGAAACAACUAACUUUAAUAUAUUUUUGUAUUUCCCAUCAACUCGGUUUUAAUCAAAUCACCAACUGUCUGCGCCUCUGCUUUAGUGGAGACAGAUUUCUUGUUCUCUUGACUGAAUGGUGGUGAGUGUGUGCGUGAGUGUGAUAGUGCUCGUGUGUGUCACUGCCCCCUUUGGACGGGAGGCCUCAUGUGCCACCAUGCUCUGUGACUGCACAGCCGUAUCAAUAAAUCUGGACUCAA